AUGAAUGGCCAUGCCUUCUCCAAACAUUCCCUCUCAUACGAGGAGAGUGUGAAUCUGCUGGACGAGAAGAAUCUGUCAGACGUGGACAGCGAUGCUGGCAAGGCAGACAACGAGACACGGUUCCCAAGCGCCGCGGCAUGGGCAAACACAGCAAGGUCCACGUUAUCGUCACUACCAGUCCCGCAACGACCACCACCAAUGUCCGCAUACCUGGCACUCUUGCGCCGCGCAGGCUUCUUCCUCCUCCCUUCCUUUGUCCAGAGCAGGUUAAGUCAUGAGAGGAAGCAUGCGUCCGACAAACUUGGCCCAACUGCCUACCUGGACGGGAUGCGUGGGGUGGCUGCAUUCUCGGUGUUCCUGUGCCAUUAUCUGUACACAUGCUUCAUCAUCGCCGAGGGCUGGGGCUUUGAGGAGCACAACUACAACUUCUUCAAGCUGCCCUUCGUCCGGCUCCUGUAUGCCGGGCCACCGCAGGUCGCCAUCUUCUUCGUCGUCUCGGGAUAUGCGCUGUCGCUCAAGCCGAUCAAGCUGGCGCGGCAGCAGAAGUGGGACAACUUUGCCACCACGAUGGCCAGUUUUAUCUUCAGGCGGGCGUUCCGUCUGUUCCUCCCGACGGCCAUUUCAACCUUCAUGAUCGUUGUCCUUCUGCGAUUGGGCGCGUAUGAGUGGACGAGGGACUUUUCGCGGGACAGCACGUACAUGAAGAACGUGCAGGAGACGGCGCCCGACUUGAAGGAUACGCUCUCGGAGCAGCUCACCGACUGGGGCUGGAACAUGUUCAACUUUGUCCACGUUUGGGGCUGGGAGCCUUUCGGCGGCAGCACAUACUACGACGUGCACCUGUGGACGAUCCCUGUCGAGUUCCGCGCGAGCAUGAUGCUCUUCCUGACAGUCGUCGGGCUGGCGCGGCUGCGCUCGUGGCUGCGCUUCGCCUUCCUCGCCCUGAUGAUGUGGUUCUCGUACCGCAACGACCGCUGGGAGAUGGUGCUCUUCUACUCCGGAACGGUGCUUGCCGAGCUGGACGUCAUCCGCGGCGCUCACAGCGACCCCGUAUCCAAUGCCGCCGCCGCCGCUUCGAACACCUCCCACCAGCAACUCCCCGUGACAGAGCCGAAGCCUUUCGACCUCGUUGGCAGGGGCCGCCCCUCGUCACCGCUGGUCAGCCCGAAGCUAAAGAAGACAGCCUGGAUGGUGCUCUCCGUAGUGUCGCUAUACUUCAUGUCGCAGCCGGAUGUGCACUUCGAACAGACGCCGGGUUGGGUAUACCUGUCGUCGCUGAUCCCGGAGUGGUUCUCGGACAAGUACCGGUACUGGCAGGUUGUGGGUAGCAUGCUGUUCGUGCUGUGCGUGGGCCAUCUGCCGGCGUGGCAGCGCGUCUUCAUGACGCCGUUCGUCCAGUACCUGGGCCGCAUCAGCUACGCCAUCUACCUCAUGCACGGGCCCGUCAUCCACACCAUCGGCUACGCCACCGAGCGCUGGGCCUGGGGCGUCACCGGCAUCGAGGGCGCCCGCUACAACGCCGGCUUCACGCUCGCCGCCGUCUUCGUCGUCCCCAGCGUCAUCUGGGCCGCCGACCUGUUCUGGCGCUCCGUCGAUGCCCCCGUCGUCCGCUUCGCCAAAUGGCUCGAGAGCAGGUGUAUUGUCCCCGACGAGGGGCACGGUCAGGCCCACGGGCGGUCGUGA